AAAUGUUCAUAUGACGAAUCUCUUUCGUUUUAUAACAGCUACCGCGGUGAGGACAGUAUGCGAUGGUUUGCUGAUGAGAUGAAUAAGCUUGCGGAAGAUGUAUCUACAGUGUUUCUUUGUCCCUACAAGAUGCAUAUGACUCCACAGCAGGAGCUUGAAUUUCAAGCAGCAACGGAGUGCCAUAUUUGCGAACAGUCAUUUAAAUCUGGACAAAAGAAAGUUCGUGAUCACAAUCAUCUUAUCCCGGAGAACAACUUCCGCGGAGCUGCAUGUGAGGGAUGCAACGUCAACUAUCAGGAUACUCAUACAAUCCCGGUGGUGUUCCACAACUUGAGUGGAUAUGAUGCUCACUUUGUUGUAGCAGAUAUUGCUACUAGAAUGGAUGGCAAAAUUGACUUGCUCCCUAUAACCAAGGAGAAAUAUAUCUCUUUCACCAAACAUAUCGAUGAGUCACGUGUCUCCUUUAGGUUUAUCGAUAGCUUCCGGUUCAUGGCGUCGGGGCUAGAUAAACUAUCGUCAGCACUGACAGAAUUUCCCAAUCUCAAGGCGCAAUUCUCUACACUACCUGCGGAUCAAUUUAAUCUUUUAACUAAAAAAGGAGUCAUGCCGUAUGAUUACCUCGACUCGUUUGACCGCUUCGAAGAGCCAACUCUACCUCCUCAAGAUGACUUCUACAAUAAGCUAGAAGAUAAGCCCUGUCCCAGAAAAAUGUAUCGUAGAGCUCAGGAGGUGUGGGACAGAUUUAACUGCAGCAACUUGGGUCAAUAUGUAGACUUGUACAUGAAGACAGAUAUUCUACUCCUUGCAGAUGUCUUUGAACAGUUUAGAUCAAGCUGUAUUAGCACUUAUGAUUUAGAUCCGGCCCACUAUUUUACACUACCAGGCUUUACUUGGGAUGCCAUGUUGAAAUACACGCGACAAGAGCUGGAACUCCUUACCGACCAGGAUAUGUUCCUCUUUGUCGAGCGGGGUAUUCGUGGAGGGUUAAGUCAAGUCUGCUCUAAAAGAAGAGCUCAUGCAAACAACAAAUAUAUGCCCAAAUAUGAUUCAACGAAACCGGAUGUCUAUCUAAUGUACAACGAUAUCAAUAACCAGUAUGGCUGGAGUAUGAGCCAAUAUCUUCCAUAUGGAGGCUUUGAAUGGGUAGACUCCAACAUCGAUAUCACUACGAUUCCGGAUGAUGCAGAUGAAGGCUACAUUCUAGAAGUUGAUUUGGAGUAUCCACAGCAUUUGCAUGACGCUCACACAGAUUUACCGUUCUGUGCAUUACACAUCAACCCGAAGACUAUGAAACCGCCAACUGAAACUGCGGAAAUUUCAAAACUCAUGGCGACCUUAAAUAAUAAAGAAAAAUACGUCAUCCACUAUCGAGCCUUGAAGCAAGCAUUAGCCCAUGGCCUAAUUCUCUCCAAAGUACAUAGGGUACUCAAAUUUAAACAGUCCCCUUGGCUAAAGUCCUACAUUGACCUUAAUACAGAACUAAGAAAAAAAGCCAAGAAUGAAUUUGAGAAGAACUUGUUUAAGUUGAUGAAUAACGCAGUCUUUGGGAAGACUAUGGAAAAUGUCAGAAAACGGGUUAAUAUCAAAUUACUAACGCAAUGGAAAGGACGUUACGGCGCAGAAUCAUACAUUGCGAAACCGGAAUUUAAAUCUUGCGCCAUUUUUAACGAAAACUUGGUAGCUGUAGAAUUGAAUAAGCUUGAAGUCUAUUUAAAUAAGCCUAUAUACGUAGGUCAAGCCAUUCUUGAUCUAGCCAAGACGACCAUCUACAGCUUCCAUUAUGACUACAUGAUGGAUAGAUUUGGAGAUAACUGCACAGUUCUUUACACAGAUACGGACAGCUUAAUUUAUGAAAUUCGUGAACAAGAUCCUUAUAUGGCGAUAAAAAACGACUGUUUUAAAUAUUACGAUACUAGCGAUUAUGACCCCAAUAACCCAUAUGGCAUACCCCUUGUAAAUAAGAAAGUGUUGGGCAUGAUGAAAGAUGAAAAUAAUGGACAGAUAAUGACUGAUUAUGUAGGAUUGCGAUCGAAACUGUACACCACCAAAGUUUUACCCUCCAAGGAUGAUUUGAUAAAAUUACGGCAAAAAUUAGAAGCGGAAGAGAAUGAAGAGGAUGAGAUCGAUACGAUUAUUAAAAAUUUCGGUUUGAUGAAGAAGGCAAAGGGUAUAAAGAAAAGUGUAGUGGAGACUAAAAUUACUUUUGACGAUUAUGUGGAGUGUCUGGAGACCUUUAAGCGCAAAACGACUUCCCAAAAUUUAAUCCGAUCCAAUAAACAUCAGGUAUAUUCGAUAACGCAGUCGAAAAUUGCUCUAAGUCCCGAAGACGAUAAGAGAUAUUUAAUCCCAGGUACAUUUGAUACUCUUCCGUGGGGCCAUUAUGCUAUCAGUAAGCCUCAAGAUGUUCAACAGAUGGAAAUUGAUUAAAGUGCAAAUUUUUAUUAAUUAAUUGCAGUUUUGUUAUCUCGUUUGAAUAAUUUACCAACCCUUGACGAAUUAAUGAACCCUUUCAAUUUAUUUUGAAAGCGCCGUUCGUGCAGUCUCCCUCAGGUAAAAUAUUCAAUCGAUAUAAACAAAUUGCAGCAGAUUAUGGUAGGCCUGUUAAUUAUUUUUUAUGCAUAUAAGAAAUUGUUAAUGGGGAAUCCUAUAACGAGGCUGUAAACACCCCCCAAUAAAAUUACUUUAAUGCAAUUUUAUUGCCUCUAAGGUGGCCAUGGAAAGGGGUGUAUCAUAUCGAGCGAACCUCCGUACUCGAUAUUGCGGCUAAUUGUUAAAUUAUUAAUUAAUAACUUUAGUUAUAGCAAAAUUUAAAAUCUACUCAUCUCCAGGGCAUAACGAUAGUCGAUGUAGUGAAACAGCCUGCUUUUGAAUAGACCGAGGUAAUAUUCAUAAGGUAUAUGUUUUACCUAUAUAAUAUCAGGUAUGGCGAUAUUGAAUAUAAUGAGUGAAGGAUGUAAAUUUUUAUUGCGUGUUUAUCUGCAUACCCCUUUGUAUCAAGCUUCCUAUGACAUCGUUUGUCACAUAGCUGUGCAAUCUGUGCAGGUUUCCUGUCUAAAUGGAUAGCAAUAAAUAAAACUCCUCCUAGAAAUCGUUUGAUAGGCAUUUGUUACGAGGAUGGCGGGUAAGAAUGAGCUCUUUUCUAUUUUUCAUCAAACUUAAUGUAUGUAAUUUUUCAGCUCAAGGUGCGGCCAUCGUCUUCGGAGGCGUGCAAACGGCCUAUGGUAAAUACACCGCAUAUCUAUCACACGUUUAACCAUAUAUUUGUAGAACGAGAACUCCGAACACAUCUAAUAGAAAAAUAUGGAUCUGAACAUGUUGCGAUUUUACGGGGUCGGGGAACAAUCCCCGGCUCCAUAAAAGUGGAGGAGGCCCUCUUCCGGGGAAAGAGGUUCCAGGUCUUUAAAGACCUGGAACUCCAGCACACCUAUUGGGUGUUCUAUAAUUAAUAAACCUGUUAAAUUUUGUUCUGUUUUUCUUAUCCGCCCCACUGCAUAGAUUAUGAUUGUAUCCGUGUUCUAAGCUCUUA